ACGCACAAGGGCGCCCCUCUUUCUAGCUCGCGCGGGCAGCUAGCACAGCUGGGCAUCAUCCAAUCCGCCGCCCACGCGAGCGCAAUGGGUGAGAUCGGCACGGACGACCGCGGCCUGGCCCACGCGAGCGCAAUGGGUGAGAUCGGCACGGACGACCGCGGCCUGGCCGCGGCCGUGGGCGCCGGCGGCGCAGGCAAGGAGGAGGAGGAGGGCCUCGGCGUCGACGACGACGACGAGGAGACGUCGCCGAUCGAGCAGGUGCGGCUGACGGUGCCGUCGACGGACGACCCCUCCCUGCCGGUGUGGACGUUCCGGAUGUGGAGCAUCGGCAUCCUGUCGUGCGCGCUCAUGAGCUUCCUCAACCAGUUCUUCUCCUACCGCGCGGAGCCCCUCAUCGUGACGCAGAUCACGGUGCAGGUGGCGUCGCUGCCCGUGGGCCACUUCAUGGCCCGGGUGCUGCCGCGCGCCAGGUUCCGGGCUCCCCGGGUGCUCGGCGGCGGCGAGUGGAGCCUCAACCCGGGGCCCUUCAACAUGAAGGAGCACGUCCUCAUCUCCAUCUUCGCCAACGCCGGCUUCGCGUUCGGCGCCGGGAACGCCUACGCCGUCGGCAUCGUCAACAUCAUCCGCGCCUUCUACCACCGCCACAUCUCCUUCUUCACCGGCUGGCUCCUCGUCAUCACCACGCAGGUGCUCGGGUACGGGUGGGCAGGGCUGAUGCGCAAGUACGUGGUUGAGCCGGCGCACAUGUGGUGGCCGGGCACCCUCGUCCAGGUCUCCCUCUUCCGGGCACUGCACGAGAAGGAAGAAUUCCCCAAGGGCUCACGCCAGAUCACGCGCUCCAAGUUCUUCGCGGUGGCGCUAGCAUGCAGCUUCGCUUGGUACGCAGUUCCGGGUUAUCUCUUCCCCUUACUGACGUCCAUCUCAUGGGUGUGCUGGGUCUUCCCCAAGUCUGUGACGGCGCAGCAGCUGGGCUCCGGCAUGUUGGGCCUGGGCAUUGGUGCCUUCACGCUCGACUGGGCGACUGUCUCCGCCUACCUCUUCAGCCCACUCAUCUCUCCCUUCUUUGCCACUGUCAACAUCUUCUUUGGGUACGUGCUCUUCGUCUACGUGAUCAUACCGACUGCGUACUGGGGAUUCAACUUGUACAACGCCAAGACAUUCCCCAUCUUCUCCAAUGACCUGUUCGUGUCAAAUGGCACGUCAUAUGACAUCACAUCCAUCGUGAACGAUCAGUUUGUGAUUAACAAGGACGAGUACAAUAAGCUUGGCAAGGUCAACCUCAGCAUAUUCUUUGCUCUCUCUUAUGGGCUCAGCUUCGCCGCCAUCGCUGCCACCACUACACAUGUCGGCUUGUUCUAUGGAAAGGAAAUCUACCAACGCUUCCGAGCAUCGCGGAAGGAGAAGCCUGACAUCCACACAAGGCUGAUGAAGAAGUAUGAUGACAUACCAGGGUGGUGGUUCUACUCACUGAUGGCUCUGUCAAUAAUCGUGUCCCUCCUCCUCUGCACGGUCUUGAAGCGCGAGGUUCAGCUCCCAUGGUGGGGCCUUAUCUUUGCCUGCGGCAUGGCCUUCAUCUUCACCCUUCCCAUCAGCAUCAUCACUGCAACAACCAACCAGACGCCUGGUCUGAAUGUGAUCACUGAGUAUGCCAUGGGGCUGAUAAUGCCAGGCUAUCCCAUUGCCAAUGUCUGUUUCAAAACCUACGGUUACAUGAGCAUGUCACAGGCUAUUGCCUUCCUUUCAGACUUUAAGCUCGGCCAUUAUAUGAAGAUCCCUCCUAAAUCCAUGUUCCUUGUUCAGUUUGUUGGCACAAUUGUGGCUGGCACGGUCAACAUUGGGGUGGCAUGGUGGCUGCUUGGCUCCAUCGAGAACAUCUGUCAUGUGGACCCUUCAUCAGGCAGCCCGUGGACGUGCCCCAACGAUCGUGUCUUCUUUGACGCAUCGGUCAUCUGGGGCCUUGUUGGACCGCGGGAAAUCUUCGGCCGACUUGGCAACUAUGGGGCCCUCAACUGGUUCUUCCUCAUUGGCGCAGCAGGCCCAGUCAUCGUUUAUGCUCUCCACAGGGUAUUCCCAAGCCAGAGGUGGAUACCAAUGAUCAACCUGCCGGUUCUCCUUGGUGCAACGGCCAUAAUGCCCCCAGCAUCGACCGUGAACUACAACGCGUGGCUGCUCAUUGGCACAAUCUUCAAUUUCUUUGUGUUUCGGUACCGGAAGGGGUGGUGGGUGAGAUACAACUACAUUCUCUCGGCCGCGCUUGACGCUGGAGUUGCAUUCAUGGGGGUGGUGCUGUACUUCUCGCUGACCAUGGAGACGAAGCGCAUCCAGUGGUGGGGCACAGCAGGAGAGCACUGCCCUCUGGCCUUCUGCCCUACCGCUAAAGGGGUGGACUUGGGUCCUGAUAGCGUCUGCCCAGUGUUCUAAGCUGGGAGUAUAAUGUCUCAAGGUACAGCUGCAAGAUUAAUUGAUCAAUUCCCUUGUGUUGUUUGGAGUAUAAUACAAAAGCUCCCAUAUGUAAACGUCAUAGACUUGUAUACUUGUAGUCAAUUUCACAGAAGGAAAGAUCUGAAAAACUGCCAACAGCAAUGGUGUUAGUGUAACAUGUUGGUCAUUUCAGCAAUGCAAAUGCAUGCUAGCUCCUGAAUGCUACAAAUUACUCAUUC